AUGGGGAACCGGACGCUGGUGUCCGCGGGGCGUGCCGUGCUGGGCAUCUUCGCGCCAGACACGGACUACACGGUCGGGCGAACGUACCUCGGGAUAUGGUUCAACGGCAUCCCCGAGCGGACCGUCGUGUGGGUGGCCAACCGCGGGAGCCCCGUCGUGGGCGGCGUGGAUGCCGCACAGCUCAGGGUCCUCGCCAACGGGAGCCUGGCCAUCGUCGUGGACGACGACCAGCAGCAGUAG